UUAAAUAGGAGAUUAUUACAUUAAGCAAACUAAUAAAUAAAUAUUUAGUUAUAAUACCGAAAUGUGGCUUAGAAAUGUUGCGCAAUCUGCAUGGCGUGGAAACUUUACUAUCUACCAAAGCUCACAAAUUGGGGCACUGGGAAGAGAAUGCUGCAUAUUAGGCAAUUUUAAGAGCCAUCACAUGUUAGCGCGGUGGAAAUAUAUGCAGCACAAAGGUGUAAAAGGUAUACGCAACAAAAAAAGUACUUUUGAGACUCUUUCAAAAGAGGAAAGCGAAUCGGACAUAAAUAUGUCCAAAUGCGAAGAUAUUAAUAACGAACCACUCAACUUGGACGAUCGCGCUUAUGAAGAAUUAGCCAACAGUGCCAUGCACAUUUCACCUGGCUCCCUAACUCAAAACGUAUUCAUUAUACAGCCUUAUGUAAAAUGGGGAAGUGAACGAAACACCCUCACCACGCCUGAGGAUCAGUUGGAAGAGGCAAAGGCACUUGUGGACUCCCUGCCAAACUGGCGUGUGGCUCAUGCUAUCAAAGUACCUCUAGAAACACUACAUCGUAAAGCGCUUUUUGGGAGUGGUAAAAUUGAAGAGCUUAAAAAACAGUUGCAAGAACAUAACACAAAAAAAGCACUAUCUUGCCUCUUUAUUAGUAAAAGCACACUAAGUUUUGGCCAGAAACGAUUUCUAGAAGAAAUAUUCAAAUUGCCGGUGUUGGAUCGUUAUUCGGUUGUCAUUCAAAUAUUACGUCUACAUGCAACCAGUGCGGAAGCCCGUCUCCAAGUAGCCAUGGCUGAAAUACCGUAUAUUUGGACGCAAGCCAAGGACGCGAACCCGUCGCUAGCGCGGAAACAAGGCUACUCAUUUACAGACACGCAACGUGAGAUACUAAGGACAAGGGAGCGCAGGCUAAAACAGGAACUGGAACGGAUAAGGGGUCAUAGGAAGUUACUCCGCAACAAACGUAAACAAAAGAAUUAUCCAGUGAUUGCAGUGGUUGGGUACACUAACGCUGGCAAAACGUCAUUGAUUAAAGCCUUAACACACGAGCAAAGCCUGCAACCGCGUAAUCAGCUAUUCGCUACGCUUGAUGUUACAGCGCAUGCGGGCAUAUUGCCAUGCAAUCUUGAGGUUAUUUACAUGGACACGGUGGGUUUCAUGUCUGAUCUACCCACUGGCUUAAUGGAGUGUUUUGUGGCAACUCUUGAGGAUGCUAUGCUGGCAGAUAUCAUUUUACACGUACAAGAUCUCUCGCACAAAUGUAAACAAGCACAACAACAACACGUCAUUGCAACAUUGGCAUCACUUCAAAAUUCUAUAGCGUCAAACGACCAAAUGCCACCCAUUAUAAACGUUGGAAAUAAAAUCGACUUGGUAUCGCCGGCGCAGGUCCAGCCAUCAGAAGACACGCAUUUAGUGUCAGCGACAAAGGCCACAGGUCUAAAAGAAUUGUUAUUGGAAAUUGAACAUAAAGUACUUACAGUGACGGGACGUCGUAAAAUGACAAUGCGUGUGCGUAAUGGUGGUGCCGAGGUGGCAUGGUUGUACAAGAAUGCUGCGGUAACUGAUGUACGCGCCGAUGAAGGCAGUGCUGAGCAUUUAUUAAUGACAGUGGUUAUUAGUGAACUGACAAUGCAGCGAUUUAUCCGGACAUUUCUAUCAUCCAACCAUGAAUAGCAUAAUAGCAGGUAAUACAUAAAAUAUAGUUAUUGUGAUUAACAAAUAGAAAUAUAUUUAUUUGUAAUUUCGACAAAUGAAUUUUAUGUAAAAGAUAUUUUCAGGUUUACAGAUCAUAUAUUAUAAUAUUAUGUAUGUACAUAAGUAUAUAUAGUACAUAUGUAUAUGUACGUAUGUAUUGAUGUACUUUUUAUAAAGUUUGUGCUGUAAAAACGAAAAAAAAAUAAUGGCUAAAAUUAUAGU